AUGGUGCUACGUGAAGAUUGUGUUACGUUCGAUAUUUUUACUCCCGGCAACCCGGUUCUAUGUUGCACUUCUGGCCCGACCAGCGCGCUACCGUGCAUUAUUUGACAAGUGAUCCCUGCUAGUCCCUCGUCACGCGUUUCCGUAUCUUGCUCCCCAAAGUAAACAGCCGCCUAUCGGCAAACGGCAGUCCGCGUGUUAUAUGUUCCGCAAUCAGCGACAGCCCACCCCAGAAUCCCAAGUAUCGUCAAGGACAACUGUGAUUUGUAAUCGGUUCGCGCGCGAGCUGGCGCCCUGUUUCGUGUUCAUUGCGUUUCGAUGUAAAUAGUGGCACGGCGUUUGAAAUUGUCCCCAAAUGUGGUUCCGUGACACCGCGUGACGAACACCGUCGGCGUAGCUCGUUCGGGCGGGCACGUUAGGUUUGUUUUGUGUAAUUUUUACUUCACUCGCCUGCGCCUCUAUCUCUCGCGCCCGUGCGGAUCGGUCACCAUUCCAAAGGUCACCCAACAAGCGUGCGUGUAUGUGUGUCUGCAGGUGGAGUCGGUGCGCUUCUCAUCGCAUUUCCGUCGGCAACAUAGUACUUAGCGGCCUGCUACUUACAUAAUUUCCCCCCGCUUAUUUAAAGUGCCACAACCCGACACACCAUGUCGUCAUCGUUUGGCGUGUGGGAUUAUGUCGUCUUCAUCGCGAUGCUGAUCGUGUCCGCCGGCAUCGGUGUGUAUUACCGGUUUUCCGGCGGCAAGCAGAAAACCACGACGGAGUACCUGUUGGCCGAUCGCAACAUGUCGAUUUGGCCGGUGUCGUUCAGCUUGAUGGCCAGCUUUAUGUCGGCGGUAACGCUGCUGGGUGUUUCGAACGAAAACUACCAAUUCGGUACCCAGUUUGUGGCCAUUAACCUUUCGUACGGGCUCGCGACUCCGAUAGCGGCCUACCUCUUCCUGCCAGUAUUCUUCCGCCUGCAGGCCUGCAGUGCGUACGAGUAUUUAGAGAAACGAUUCGGCAAAGCGACGCGCCUCGCUGCGUCGAUGGCCUACACGCUGCAGAUGAUCCUGUACAUGGGUAUAGCGGUGUACGCGCCGGCCCUUGCCCUGGAGGCCGUUACCGGGCUCGACCAAGCGUACUCGAUCCUGGUGAUCGGCGGCAUCUGCACGUUCUACUCGACGAUCGGGGGCAUGAAGGCGGUCCUGUUUACUGACGUGUUCCAGUCGGUGCUAAUGUUUGCCGCCAUCUACGCGGUCAUUAUCUGUGCCGCCGUGAAGGCGGGCGGUAUUGGCCCGAUCUGGGAUGCGGCCUCCGAGGGUGGCCGGUUGGAGAUUUGGAACUUCUCGCCGGAUCCGACGACGCGCCACACCUGGUGGAGCCUGACGAUCGGGGGCAUGUUUACCUAUCUUUCGCUGUACGCCGUGAACCAGACGCAAGUGCAACGUCUGAAGACGGUGAAAGAUCUCAAAUCGGCCCAGCAGGCACUGUGGCUGAACUGGCCCAUCCUGUCGCUGCUCAGCUUCAGCACGUCGUUCAGUGGGUUGGCAAUCUACUACUUCUAUCGCACCUGUGAUCCUCUGCGCCAGGGGCGCAUCACCGUACGCGAUCAGACGAUGCCCCUGUUCGUGGUGGACGCUAUGGGCGAUCUUCCGGGGCUUCCGGGCCUAUUCGUUUCCGGUAUCUUCUCCGCCAGCCUGUCGACCGUUUCGGCCGCCCUCAAUUCGCUGGCGGCCGUCACGCUCGAGGACUACCUGAAACCGUUGUACCAGAAGCUCAAGAAGAAACCCCUGCCCGAUCUGCAGUCCAGCUUCCCGAGCAAGGUGAUGGCCUUCGUGUACGGGCUGAUCUGCAUAGCGGUCUCGUUCGUUGCCCAGAACAUGGGCGGUGUACUGCAGGCAUCGCUCACGAUUUUCGGCGUCGUCGGUGGCCCACUGUUUGCUCUCUUCUCGCUGGGAAUGUUUACCAAGCGUGCCAACCAACGGGGCGUCAUAACGGGGCUGCUGGUCGGCCUUGGGUUCUCCCUUUGGAUCGGGUUCGGUCAGCCUCGGCCACCGCUUAAAACGCUCAACUUCUCCGUCGAAGAUUGCUCGGAGUUUGGUGGCUACAAUGAAACAACGCGCCAGCUACCACUGGCCAUGGCACAACGUGUAUCCGAGGUGGUUCCGCGGGACGAUUCGGACUACUUCUACAUGUACCGCCUGUCGUACAUGUGGUUCAGCGUGCUCGGGUAUCUCGUAACGUUCACCGUCGGCUACGGGACGAGUCUGGUACUCCGGUGGCGUGGUGCCCACGGCGCGGAGUGUAUCUAUCUCGACGAGCAGCACCUAUACCUCAACACGGAACUCUUCUCGCCCCCGAUCGCCAGGCGCAUGAAGAAACGGAUGGCCGCUUUCAUCGAAAACGGUGGCGAUAUUGACGCUACAAGGCACCCGCACGACAAUAAUGGUGGCGUGGGAAUAGCUGCGGCAGCCGAAAAACAAAACGCAAGCUCAUUCUAACAUGCCCGCCGCUUGUUCGGCGACAUUCCUAUCUAUUUCCCGUAUCCCCACGAAACGGCUGUGUGAGUGACGCGAGGAGCGUCCGAAGAAAAGGUCGCCGGUUCCAGUCUUGCGGUCCCGUUUACGAUUGCGCACAAAAAGUGAAACUUAAAAGCGCUCUCGUGCGCUAGGGCGGUGUCCCCCAAUGGCAGGGACACGCGGUGGGAAAAAGUGGUUACGAACAAAACACGUUGAAAUACAAAGUCUUCCAGUAGCAUUGGUCAAAAUGGGGAACAGAGUAGAUACUGAACCCCACGGUGGGGUUGGAGUGAUCGGGAAAAAGCACCCGAUCGCGGGGUGCUUUUGGCAUCGAUCGUACUUCAGCCAAUAUUCUCCUUGAUCGUCACGAUAGAGGUGAGAUUGGUGCCGAGCGGCAACCGUGUUGCUUACUCUUAGUGUUUAGCGAGACUCGCGAGUGCAGCAGAUUAAAGUAGUCUAAAUAUUGCCUAGAAACAAUGUUGUAGAAUAAAAGAAUCGAUGUGUCUGUAAAUUUG